CUCGGCGGCUGCCCGGCCCCAGGCUCCCUCCGCACGGAGCGGGCACGGGGAGCCUGGAGAGCAGCGGGCGGCGCGGGGCAGAGCUCGGCGGCCCGGAGGCCGGGGCCGGGGGCGGCUGCUGGGCUUUAGGAUAGGUAGUCGGUGCUGUGCGCUGCGGCGCUGUGCUGUCCGUGUGCGGCAUGCCAAGCCGGGGGGUUAUAUGGCAUUUGCGAGCCGAGCGAGGUCACACUCCCUUUUUUUAAGCCCCCUUGCCUUGGCACCGCAGGUGUAGCUGCUUGGCAGGAUGGCAGACGAAAGAACAGCUGGUGCCGAGCAAUAGGGGAUUCGGAGCGAGGAGGAGGAGGAGGAGGAGGAGAGAAGCCACCAACCUUUCUCCCGCGCCGUUGGCAGCCGCCGAGUGUCAGUCAGCGCAGCUCUUGCGACGGGGCGAGCCGAAGGCACCAUGCGCAGGUCCAGCACCGACGAGUCCACGUACCACAGGAGCCCUUCCCUGGACAGCAAGGAUUACAGUUUCCCCAAUGGCACUUUCCGGCGCUACAGCAGCAUGUAUGGUGGCCAGUUUGGGGCUGCCAGCAACUCUUUCUUUGGAUUCCACACCAACCCGGGCCCUAAGGCCACCAAGGCUAAGUACACGACACCCAAGGGGAACAAGUACGUUGUCUUUUACCUGGAUCUCUCGUUUAUUUUUCUCCUAGAACUGAAGAGGUGCAGCAUGGCUCACAACUGCCUGCAGUGUAUCAAGUACCUAAUGUUUGUCUUCAACCUUCUCUUCUGGUUGGGAGGCUGUGGAAUCCUUGGAGUAGGCAUCUGGCUGGCUGUCACCCAAGGGAACUUUGCCACCCUCUCCUCAUCUUUCCCGUCCCUGUCUGCUGCCAACCUGCUGAUCGUCACAGGGACGUUCGUGAUGAUCAUCGGCUUCGUGGGCUGCAUAGGUGCCAUCAAAGAGAACAAGUGCCUCCUGCUGAGUUUUUUUAUCAUGCUGUUAAUUGUAUUCCUGCUGGAGCUCACCGUCGUGAUUCUGUUCUUCGUCUACACCGACAAGAUUGACAAGUAUGCCCAGAGGGACCUGAAGAAAGGGCUGCACCUGUACGGGACAGACGGCAACAUCGGCCUGACCAACGCCUGGAGCAUCAUCCAGACAGAUUUCAGAUGCUGUGGAGUCUCCAACUACACCGACUGGUUUGAGGUGUACAACACAAGCCGGGUGCCGGACUCCUGCUGCUUGGAGUUCAGCGAGAACUGUGGGCUGCACUCCCCAGGGACCUGGUGGAAAGCGCCUUGCUAUGAAACAGUGAAGAUCUGGCUGCAGGAAAACUUACUAGCAGUGGGAAUCUUUGGCUUGUGCACAGCCAUGGUGCAGGGAGAACCACGGAGCCCUGCAGCUUUGGGCUACUGCCUGAAAAGACUUGCAAGCAAAAAAAAACCACCAUCCAAAGGUCUGUUUUCAAUGCAACCCUUCCCAGUAACUCGGUGGCUGCUGUUUUGUGGAGCUGUCAUUGUUCACUCUGUCAGACAGCAAGCCAGGACAAAGGCAGGCAGGCAGGAAGCAGGGGCACAACAAGGACGGGCACUGGCAGGAGGAGCAGCAGCCUGUGAUGUGCCUUCCUGCUUGGGCACAAAAGCAGGGUAGCAUGGCUGGGGUUUGUUUGUUGUUUGGUAAGUAAGAGGAGCAUUACCUACUGAAAAACA